CAUUUAUUUAUUUUAAGACAACGAACUCUCAUCAAAGUUUUGAACUUGUUGGAGAAGACCAAAAUUCACCUGCGCUUGAGAAUCAAAUUGAUACUACGGGCAUAUCAUAACUAAGCAAACCUGUUAGUGAACAAGUUUUGGACUGGACAUCUGAGAUCAAUAUAUAGAGCAGGAAAAGACUGCAAUUUAAAGUGAGAUGAGCAAUAAUGAUGACUUCACCUUUUGUCAGGUUGGUCCUCCGGUCAACCCAGACAAUUGGGAACCUCAGGAAACUGUACCUAACAUUGGUCGUAUCACUCUAAAGGAGGGUUUCCCAAAUGCAGCAAGUAUUAAUCAAAUGGAUGGUUUUUUAGAGAAAGAAAGUUCAUUAAACAGUGCCACCAGUAACAAGCAGGAAACAGUUGGUUCUUUGUCUUUUAAUGUUAUUGAUAUGUCACCACCAAAAAAAUUGAGUGAAUCAUCAAAACAUGCUGGAGAUUCGGGUAAAGUUUCACAGGGACAGAAGAGUGUUAUCAAAAAGCCUGCAGCUCGCGCCAAGGUUCCUUUUGAGAAAGGAUAUAGCCCAAUGGACUGGUUUAAGCUUACUCGGUCACAUCCUGAUCUUGCAGGAUUAAAGGGACAGUCAAAUAAAAGGCUUAUUUCCAUAGAAGAAGUUAUACAACACCAAAAAGAAGGUUCUAUUUGGACUGUGUUAAAAGGUCGUGUGUACAAUAUAUCACCCUACAUGAAGUUUCACCCUGGAGGGGUUGAUAAGCUAAUGAUGGCUGCUGGGAAAGAUUGCACAUCUUUGUUCAGUAUCCUUUUCUCGCUUUACAAAUUUUCGGUGAUUAUCUGCAGAUCCUGGGGCCAUCUGUUUGCUUUUAUCCUUUGGAUCCAAUUUGUGGACCCCAUUUGUGUUUGUGUUUUUUCUCUUUGUUCAUUCGUUUGUGGCCAUCUUGUUUACUUAAUACUCCAUGAAAUGAAGCUCAAUUUCAUCAUAUCCUCUUUGCCCCUUUACUGUCACCCAGAUUGAUACGCAUCCAAAAUGUUAUUCUUAAUACCUUAUUCCAGAUAAGUACCAUGCUUGGGUGAACGCUGAGUUCUUAUUAGAGAAGUGUCUGGUAGGUACUCUAGAUGACAGCAGAUGAUGGAUCAUGACAGUUCGAUUAUUUAGAAGUGGUUCUCUGCAACAUCAAUAAUACUUAGCGAGAUGAGUUA